UAAAUAAGCUUUAUAAAAAAAUUAGUAUAGCGAAAUAUAUUUCGAGUUUUUAGUUCCGUUUAUUCUAUAUGCAUAUAUGUGGCACAAAAAAGGUUUAGUAAAAAGUUUUACUGGUAUGAAAUGCUGUAAGAAAAUGUAUAUAAAAACGAAGGAAGGUAGAUAACUUGUGUUAACAAAUUCAAAAUUCGAUCCGCGUGAGCAGUAGGAAGUAACGAAACAUGGCGGGACCUCAUCCAUCCAACGGAAGCGAAAACGAGCAUCAAGGAAGCAUGUCAGUGACGACAACCACCGCCCCUAUCGGAAACCACUGGGAAGUUCAAUAUGCUCGCUUCUUCAAGCGUCCUUCUCUCUCAUCUGCCGCCGGCGCCGGUGGUUAUCAUCCUUCUCUCGUUCCCCAAGUCAAAAGGUCCAAGGGCUCAUGGAUUUCAUCCUUCACUUCUCUCGCCAAUCUCAAGCUACUAACCUCCACAAACGAUAACUCUGAUAUUUCUCGCUCCAUCAUACUAACAGUUACUCUCGUCGACAACGUCAUUGAAGAGCAUUACAUUUCAAAGCUACAUUUCACCUGGCCUCAUGUCUCAUGUUUGCCCGGAUACCCUCCCAGGGGCAGCAAAAUUGUAUUCAUGAGUUAUAAAGAUCAUGCAGGCGAUAUCCAAAAGUUUGCCUUGCGAUUUCUCACAAGUGAUGAGACUGAAAGAUUUAUGAAUUUCAUAAAGGAUAUCUUUGGACAUGAGAAGAUUGACCGGUCAACUCCUGAUAUCCCUGAAUCCAAAACCCCAUCUCAAUCUGAGAUCGUGCCUUCUCUUCAACCUGUAGAUAGAGAUGCCAAAAGGAAGAUUGUACUUGGCCUCUGUAGUCCAAAUUCGCUAUCUAAAAAGUCAACACAGGAGUGGAGCCCAAUAAGCUCUUCUCCAGCCUAUAGACCAACACUUGACUGGAGUCCAAUAGGGUCAAAUGCUGAAACAAUAUUUAGUCAAAGCUCAAAUCCCAUAGAAGCCACACUUAGUCAAGAUGUUCAAGAAAAGCUUUCAGCCUUUCCUCCUAGCUUCACAUCAUUAUUGACCAUGGCAACAACACAAGAAAUUCUUUCUGAAGAUGUCGUUCUGAAAAAUGAAAUCAUGAAAUAUUUGGAAGACUCUUCCUUCCAAGUGAUGCUGAGCAAGGUACAGAAGGUGGUAACUGAAUUUGAAGACAUAUUUCCGAUGUAAAAAGUAAAAACUGCAGCUACAUACAGGUACUAAUACUAAUAUCUAUCUAUAUUAGAUAAACAAAGACUUUUUCUAGGCAUAUUGAUGUUAUAGUAUCUCAAGUGUUUACUUUUUUUUUUUUUUUUUAGAAUGAGGCAUUUUAUAUCAUUAAACAUUAACCAAUAUCCGUAAAAGGAAAAGAAAAGUAAAAAACCAUGGUUGAUUGUCUAAGGUGUUUUUUUCACCUAUUAUUCCUCCCUUUUAAAAGAAAAGGGUAGUGUUAUUUCUACCCCAGAAUUUAAAAACAAUAAUUGGAAAAAUGAUUAGACGGUAGAAAUAAAUAUAGAUAGGGUAGGAAUAAAUGAAGCUUGGAGCACCAUACAUGUGGAAACCUCCACCUACAAUGAUAAAAGCAAAGCACGACUAAUUGCCUGGAAAUCCUCGCACCAUAAACAAAAGAAAGAAAAGGACAAACAGUCAUGCCAAAAUCCGCAAGUGUAAUCCAUAGCCUUAAAUCGUAAACAUCAACAAAGCGGAUUUAACCAAAAUUUAGUGCAGAAACAAACGAUUGCAUGAUACAAAAAUGGAAAGAAUAAAAGCACAAAAUAUAGAGAGCGAAUAAACUUCAAAUAUUCCUUCUUGCAGAGUGGCCACAAUCUAUGGCUUCUCAAAAUUCCAUUUUUCUUCUCAUUAUCUUAUGCACCCACAUGUUGAUGAUCCUCACACUUUCUCAAAAUCCACCAAAUGAAAUCCCAUUUGCUUGCGUCCAACAAUCUACACAAUGCAAAUCUAGACUCUAUCAACACAAUCCACUCACCAAAAACAAUAUUUCUGCGUUAUAUUCAGUGGACAUAUCACAAAUUCAAAACAUCACCCAUGGAGAUCAACACCACCACCUUGUAACAGUCCCAUGUUCUUGCAAAAACGUGAAUAACACGGUUGCAUACUUUUAUGAUACGGUUUAUUCAGUGAAAUUAGGCGAUAUAUUAUCAGAUGUUUCCGAUGAAUUUUAUAGUGGGCAAACUUGGGAUGAUCAAGGGACAAGAUUUAAAGUUAAUACGAAUGCCACUAUCCACUUAUUGUGUGGAUGCACAGGAAGCGAAUCUCAAAUUAUGGUCACGUAUACUGUACAGGAGAUGGAUACACUUCCUGAUAUUGCUAAUUUGUUAUCGGCUGAAGUGAGUGAGAUUGAAAAUGUGAAUAAAGUUUUGCUUCGGAAUCCAGGGUUUAUAAAAGUUGGUUGGGUUUUGUAUGUUCCGAUGUACAAGAACGGAGUUCCACCGUCACCAUCACCGUUAACAUCAAAGAAAAGUCAGUUUAAUUAAUUACAAAUAGAUAUUAAUCUAGAAAUCAUGUAUGUUAUUUACUUCUGGUAGCAAAGGGAAUAGCCCCAUAUGAUUUGCAUCGCAUUGACUUGACUUGAUAUUUGAUUUUAAACUUAUAUUC